AUGGAAUUCUUUGCAAAAAAUUCGGUCCAGCUCAUCUUCUACAUGAAAUCCGGGGUAGAUCACACCAUCCCAACAGUGAGAAUGAAAGAAAGAACAAACUUCAACCUCCUUGACAUUCUUCGCAUAUUGGGCGGUCUAAUUCUUCUAAAUGCCUUCUUAUCAUGGCAUUUCACCUCAACAAAAACCUGGGGUUACGAUGGAAAAUGGGUCAAUCCUAGAUACUUGAAACACAUCUGUUCUUUUAAAUCUUACCACUUCACUCUAGAAGAACUCAGUUUGUUUGAUGGCUCUGAUCCGAAUCUUCCAAUUUAUUUGGCUAUAAAUGGCAGUGUGUUCGAUGUCACAGCUUCACCCCAAAUCUAUGGUCCCAAAGGUUCGUAUAGCUUUUUCAGUGGGAAAGAUGCAGCACGGGCUUUUGUGACCGGAUGUUUCAAAAAAGAAGAUGAAUUUACAUAUGACCUCCGAAACCUCGAUUCUACAGAGGCAGAAGCAGAUAUCAAGAGCUGGCAGAACUUCUUCUUAAGCAGUGGUAGGUAUUUCUAUGUGGGUACUGUCGAACAUCCACCAUUAGUAGGCGAGCCACCGGCGCUUUGCUCGGGGAAAAAAUUUCCGCAUUAA